GGUCAACGAGUGAAGAAAAUCCUCUAUCCGGAGCAGUGUGCAAAUCUUCUCGAAGGAGACACAAUCGUUGAACUCGAUGGACGGAAUGUCCGAGCGAUACCUCAUACACAACUUGUCGACAUGCUCAGGGAGUGUCCAGUGAAAUCGAUACUUCCGGGAGGUCUGGCAGCUGAAGAUGGAGUACUACAACCUGGUGACGUGCUGGUACGAGUGAAUGGCGAGCUACUGCUUGGUGCCUCUCAGUCAGAUGCCUGUCGAAUUUUUGUGAAUAUCCCUGUAGGCGAUCCAGUUGCUAUACAAGUUUGCCGCGGCUAUCCACUACUGUUGGAUCCGUCGAAUCGGGUGAGAUAA